AUGGGAACUUCUCUUGGAAUUAAUAUGGCAUUUGACUUACAAUCCCUGCUGAAUGAGGUGGAGGGCCUAGACAUUCUCACCGAACCUUUUUCAAAGUGUGAAAUGGAUAAGACUGUGCAGGAUAUGCCUAUUGAUAAAGCUUCAGGGCCUGAUGGUUUAAAUGGGCUAUUUUUCAAGAAAUGCUGGCACAUUAUCUCCCCUGAGUUUUACCAGCUUGCUGCUGAAUUUCAUGCUGGACAGGCCCAACUGCCUGGAUAUACCACCAGAUCCGUCCUGUCCACGCCGAGCAGUUCCUCAUCGCCAACGCUGCUCUCGCCGGUCGAGAUCCCGCGGUCCCCGGCCACCCCCGACAUGCCGGCGCCGUUGGAGGACGUGCUGCUACAAGUCCCCCAGCGCAGCCACCCGCUGGCCGCCGGCGACCUCUCCCUCCACCGAAUCCGUGCCGAAAACACCUCCCUGGCCGCCAUCGGGGCCCUCGGCACCGUCCAGUGGCCGCUGGCCCGCGACGUCGCGGCCGUCAAGCUCGACCCCCUCCACUUCUCCUUCUCCUUCACCGUCCCCUCCUCCCCCGAUGACCCAGCCCCCGACCCCCUCCACUACGGCCUCACGCUCUCCGUCCCUGACCCGCGCCUCGACGCCCUGCUCGGUGCCUACACCAGGUUCUCCGCCCACUCCGUCGCUGGCAGCGAGGGGCUGGCCGACGGGGUGCGCCGCGAGGUCGAGGCCGCCGCGUACUGGACCGCCGUCGCACCCAACGUCGAGGAGUACGGCAGCGCCGUCGCCAGGGCCAUCGUGUCCGGCACCGAGAACGUCGCCAAGGGGAUCCUCUGGUGCGGGGUCAUGACCAUGGACAGGCUCCGCUGGGGGAACGAGGUGCUCCGGAAGAGGAUCCAGCUCGGCGAUACUGAGGCCGAGGUCAGUCUGGAGAAGCUCAGGCGGAUCAAAAGGUAG